AUGGUUUUAAUGAAUGUGCCUGUCGGAGAGGCAAAACCGGGCGAAACGGCGCCAAGAAGAAACUACAAGUUUAAGAACGCCGCCGUGACCAAGCCAAAGGGCUACUCGUGCUCCACCGUCUACGAGUUCUUCAACGAGGCCGUUUCCAAGCACGGGAAAAACAGACCCUGCCAGGGCUGGAGAGACUUGAUCGACAUCCACGUCGAGACCAAGAAGGUCACCAAGAUUAUCGACGGCGAAAAGGUGUCCGUCGACAAGAAAUGGUUUUUCUACGAGAAGUCCGACUACCAGUACAUCAGCUUCGGCGAGUUGCAGAAGACUAUCAACUACUACGGAAAGGGUCUGCUCAAGAUCGGCCUGAGCCCCUCUGCGGAAAACAAGUUGCACCUCUUCGCCUCCACCUCGCCUUACUGGAUGAGAACUUUUCUCGCUGCGCAGACCCAGAGCAUACCAGUCGUCACCGCAUACGACUCUCUCGGGGAGGAGGGCUUGACCCACUCCUUUGUCCAGACGGGCUCCACGACCAUCUUCACCGACAACGACUUGUUGGUGAAGCUAAUCAACCCGCUCAAGAAGGCAACAGAGGUUAAGUACAUCAUCCACUCCGAAAACCUCGACCCAAACGACAAGAGAAGUGACGGCUCCCUCUACAAGAACGCCGUGAAGGCCAUCGAGGAAAUCAAGAAAAUCAGACCAGAAAUCAAGUUCUACUCCCUAAAUGAAGUCAUCAAACUCGGCCAGGAUAACGACGCCACUAUCGAUGUCCAUCCCCCAAAACCUGAAGACCUCUCCUGUAUCAUGUACACCUCAGGCUCUACCGGUGUUCCAAAGGGUGUUGUCUUGUCCCACGAAAACGUCGUAGCCGCUAUUGGAGGUGUCGGUGGUAACAUCCCAGACACUUUGAUCGGCACAAGAGAUAGAGUCAUCGCUUUCUUGCCUUUGGCUCACAUUUUUGAACUGGUCUUUGAAAUGCUUGUCUUUUACUGGGGUGGUAUUGCUGGGUAUGCGAACGUCAAGACCUUGACCGACGCCUCUUGUAGAAACUGUGAAGGUGACAUGAAGUGCUUCAAGCCAACCAUUAUGGUCGGUGUUGCUGCAGUUUGGGAGGCGGUCAAGAAAGGUAUCAUUUCCCAGAUCGAAAAGCAACCUUCUACAACCCAGAAGGUCUUCUGGGCGGCAUACAAUGCCAAAAUUGCAUCCAAAAAGUAUUACAUUCCUUUUGUGCCUUCAUUGAUUGACACUUUGAUUUUCAAAAAAAUCAAGCAAGCUACAGGUGGUCAGUUGCGUUUAGUGCUUAACGGUGGUUCUCCAAUUAACUCCGAAACUCAAAGAUUCAUCACCAACACAAUCGCAAAAAUGUUGAUUGGUUACGGUUUGACUGAAACUUGUGCUAACACUUGUGUUUUGACCCCAGAACUGUACGAAUACGAUGUUGCAGGUUCAUUGGUUGCGUCUGUCACCGUCAAAUUAGUUGACGUUCCAGAGGCAGGCUAUUACGCCAAGAAUGACCAAGGUGAAGUUUUAAUCUCUGGUUUGCCAGUCAUGAAAGAAUACUACAAAAACCCUGAAGAGACGAAGAAGGCCUUUGAAUACGAAAAGGGUUGGUUCAGCACAGGGGAUAUUGGUGAAUGGACUUCUUCUGGUGCUUUGAAGAUAAUCGACCGUCGGAAAAAUUUGGUCAAGACUCAAAAUGGUGAAUACAUUGCGCUAGAGAAAUUAGAGUCUAUCUAUCGGUCCAACAAAUAUGUCUUAAACAUCUGUUGUUAUGCUGAUGAAAACAAGGUCAAACCCGUCGGUAUUGUUUUACCAAAUGAAGCCCAAGUCAAGGAGCUAAUCUUCGACUUAGGUCUCGACAAAAAGGCAAAGAAGGCCGAUGACGUCGAAAUUGCUCACUACUUGCAUGACAAGAAGCUCCGCCGUGAAUUGACAAAGAGCAUUCUUGAAACAGGUAAGACAGGUGGCUUAACUGGUAUUGAACUCAUCUUGGGUAUUGUCCUUGUUGAUGAAGAAUGGACCCCUGAAUCGGGAUUUGUUACAUCCGCUCAGAAGUUACAAAGAAAAAAGAUUUUGGCAAGCGCCAAGGAGGAAGUUGACAAGCUAUAUGAUGAUAAUGAGGCAAACACCACGUCUUGCAAACCCUAA